AUGGCAAAAACUGAGCGUUCUUUCGUAUUCUCUACCACCACAAUCUACAUCAUGCUCACCAGUGCUGUCUUUGCGUCUCUAUUCCUACUCGCCAGUGCGAAGCAAUGGAAACAAGGUCGCUUUAUCGAGCUCAUCACAGACUGCUCCCAGCUCCCAUCGUACAACAAUGACACAAAGAUCGCCGGGCCCUGGACAAUCAAGGUCGACAGCUGCUACAAUGGAAGCGGGCCUCAAGGGAUGUGCAGUAUCGAGGGCUUCGGGUCUAGCAGCGAUAUCACACGGCAGCGCGGUGAUAGGCCUAAUACGAUCGAGCAUGGAUUUAUCACGAUCGUAAGCGACAAUAACAACAUCAAAACCCAGCUCCGCUGCAACGGCAUCCUGAACAUAAUCGAAGCAUACGUGCUAUCUGGUCCCGGCGCCGGCGCCUUAGACUGGCACGCCGUCGGAAUAGACCACCACCCUAGCACAGGGCGACUCGUUUGGGGCAAACCAGAAGCUCAACCUGUACAGGCAUACAGACGCUACCGUCACGGUGUGCCGAUCGAAGGCCUCUACCUCGGAUCGAACAAUGAGACGAAUUGGUCUGUCCAUUCGGCGGGGAGGGAUGUGAGCAUUGUGGAUAUGAAGCCGUAUUGGGUGCCCCGAUUGAUGAUUCCCGAGACGAGUAUUCGGGAUAAUGAGUUUAGGACGUUGAUGCGGAUUGAUGGGAGCUGA